UUGAACAGAACUCCUCUAGAGAUUAUUCUACUGACGUCUAGCGUUUGUGAAGAGAAUUACUUUUAUUCUGACAGCAUGUGUAGUUUUUUUUUUUUUUUUUAAAUAGAGUAUUUGGUUUAAUCAUCAGGUAUAUUUUGCUGUCAGAGUGCAUAUUUGAAAGUGCAUGAACCAGGACUGAUGUGUUCAUUAAUGAUUAAUACUCAGUAUUGAUCUGCUGUGUUUUGUGGGAUUAGGGCCUCUGUUUGAGUAAAGGGCUCAGUGUUCAGUGUGGGUGGCUACAUGUGCUCAAAUCAGCACUGUGUGUGUGUUUUCUGCGUGGAUUUCUAACAUCCUACUGACGUUUUUUAGGGGAUUUUUUCUCUCUCUUAAUCUCCAAAAAGGACUUCAGAGCAGAGAUCUGACUAUUCCAGUGUUAUAAAACUUUAAUCUUUAUCAUCCACAGACCACAAAACAAUGAAACUGCUGCUGCCCUUUAUUCUCCUGACAGUCGGACUGACCACUGGAUACCGCAGUCCACUGAAUGACUUCCAGCGCUCAGAGGGCCGAGAGCUGGUUCCCACCCCCUGGAACGCAGCUCUGGUGUCGCUGUUACCGGGUCUGAACCUGGAGGAAUGCGCCACACAAUGCUCACAGUCUCUGGACUGCAGAGCGUUCAACUACGAGACGCGUCCGGUUGUCUCCUGUAAACAUCUGCCCUGGGUGGGCGACGGGAGCAACGCAGAGGUGAAGAGGAACGUCAACUGUGACCUCUAUGAGAAGAAAGUCUAUGUCAGAAAGUGCAUUGUGGGUAAAGGAGAAGAUUACCGAGGGAAAGUCUUCACCACAAGAAGCGGGCUCACCUGCCAACAGUGGUGGUCCAAGUUUCCUCACGACCACAGGUGGACUCCCACAGCUACUAACGGUCUGGAGUUGAACUACUGCAGGAAUCCAGACGGGGAUCGGAUCGGUCCGUGGUGCUACACCACCGACCCUGAGCGCCGUUAUGAAAGCUGUAACAUCCCCCAGUGCAAAGACGAGGUGUGUAUCACAUGUAAUGGAGAGGACUACAGAGGGCAGGUUGACCACACUGUGAGUGGUAACGAGUGUCAGCGAUGGGACCAGCAGUACCCUCACCAACACAUCUACCAGCCUGAGAAGUAUCCUGAUAAGAGUUUAGAUGACAACUACUGCCGUAACCCCGACGCCUCUCCGGUGCCCUGGUGUUACACCACAGACACUGAGGUGGAGAGAGAGAACUGUGACAUCAGCAAGUGCACUGAGGUGCGGGUGGAGAAACGCCAACGCUCCAGCUUCACCACCAACUGUUUCCGCAGCCGUGGGGAGGAUUACAGAGGUAAAGUCAACGAGACAACAUCAGGUAUCCCCUGUCAGCAAUGGGAUACCCAAGAGCCUCAUGAGCAUCCCUUCUACCCAAACACAUACGAAUGCAAGGGUUUGGAGGAGAACUACUGUCGUAACCCAGAUGGGUCGGAGGCUCCCUGGUGCUUCACAUCUGUGCCCGAGAUGAGGACUGCUCUCUGCUUACAGAUCAAACGCUGUGCAGACGACAUAGAAGCUGAAGAUUGCUACCACGAAAAUGGAAGAAACUACAGAGGCAUUGUCCGCAAAACGCGUAAGGGGAUCACCUGCCAGAAAUGGAACGUCAACACACCUCACCUGACCAGAAUAAACCAAAGGACGCAUCCUGACGCCAACCUGACAGAGAACUACUGCCGUAACCCGGAUGGGGACCAACACGGACCCUGGUGCUACACCACCGACCCCAAAACUGAGUUUGACUACUGUGCCAUCAAACAGUGUGCUGGAGAGAAAGUGACCGUGACUGAACCAGUAGAGAAAGUUGAGUUCAGUGAGUGCGGGAAGAGAGAGGACCGCUUCCCGAGGUCAAGGUUGCGUAUCGUGAAUGGGAUUCCUGGGAACUCGCCGUGGACGGUGAGCCUCAGAGACAGGAAAGGAAACCAUUUCUGUGGAGGAUCCCUGGUUAACCCCAGAUGGGUGAUCAGCACCAAGCAGUGUUUCUCCUCCUGCUACGUGGACCUGCCGGGGUACUCGGCCAGGAUGGGAACACUGUAUCGUGAUCCACAAGAUGGAGAGCCUGAUGUGCAAACCAUCCCUCUCACCAAGAUCGUCUGUGGACCCUCAGAGUCUCAGCUGGUCAUGCUACAACUGGAAUACCCGGCCCAGUUUAAUGAGCGUAUCUCUCAGAUCUGCCUCCCUCCUGAGCGCUACAUUGUGGCUGAGGGGACGUCCUGUGAGAUCGCAGGAUGGGGUGAGACGAGAGGGACCGGAGAUGAGACUGUCCUCAACGUGGCCCACAUAUCAGUUCUCAGUAACAAGGAAUGCAACAAAUACUUCCGAGGUCGAGUCCGUGAGAAUGAGAUGUGCACCAACUCUUUCCAGGGUGGCGUGGGUGCCUGUGAGAGAGACUACGGCGGCCCUCUAGCGUGUCAGAACAGGGACUGCUGGGUACUCGAGGGUGUGAUCAUCCCCAUGAGGCGCUGCGGACACCCGGGGCAGCCCAACAUCUUCAUCCGUGUCUCCGUCUACGUGGACUGGAUCAAGAAGGUCAUGGAGAUGGCUUAGACACAGACUGUCAUCCGACAGGAACUGAGAUCAAAUCUGCUCAACCAGUCAUCCACUUAACCACGUACACAUCUCCGUCUCAAAUGUCACUUUUACAUAAAAAAAAAUAUAUUAAUAAUAGUUAUAACAUCACUACACCAUAAAAAAAAAAUCAUUCAUUCAUGGAGAAAAUGCAAAGACAGCACAAUAAUGUAAUUCGUUACAGUAUAUCUGUUUAAAAUGAAUUCCUAUGUGCAUCUAUAUUUAGUGAAGCCAGAGUAACUAACUUUAAGUGAAUCAGUGAGCGCAUUUAAAGAAUAAGCAGAAAACAUUUGUAUUCCCAAAACAUAAUCACAUACGCUGAGAUACAAUAAAAAUGUAGUUUUUAAAAGUACAAUUCAAAUUUAAAGUAAAAUUCUACACAUUUUUGAGCGACACUUUUCAUGAAGUCCCUGUUUAGCGUUUAUAAGCCAUUAAACAAACAUUCAAACUAUAAUGUAGUUGUAAGAAGAUAUACACAUUUCUUCAGAUAUAGACAAUAAGACAUUUCUAAGUGUUAAUUAAAGGGGACAUUUUAUGGAAAAACUCACCUUUCAGUGGUCAUACACAUACUUUUGGGUAUCCAAAGUGCCUACCAACACACAAACUGUGAAAUAAGAACUCUCAGUCAACUCCCCUUCCUAUUGGUGCGUUCAAAUAAAACUCCUGAGCUUGUGUUUACAA